CAGCCGUCCAAUGAAAAGUAGUAGUAUAAUAAGUGCUAAGGCCCAACAUACCGAUACUCCAAAAGCAUCCCAUAUCAAACUCAAUUCCUGCGCUGCGGCUUCACACAAAAAUCCACCCGAAACUUUUUCGUCUCCACCUACAGGCAUCGGAAAACCAUGCUCUCCCCCUCUUCCCUUUCAUCCACGAAGAGACUCCUCCACGUCUUCUUCCGUCUCCUCCUCCUCCUCGAGGGCUCCGCCCUCGCCCGGAGCCGCCACGUCAUCACCUUCGGUUCGCCGGGCCUCGCCCCGGCCGGUCUCGCCUGGGACCCCACCGCCCAGCACUUCCUCAUCGGCUCCCGCCUCCGCCCCGCCGUCUCCUCCGUCUCGGACGCUGGCGUCGUCGAGACCCUCGUCUCCGAUCCUCUCCUCCCCCCAGACUCCUCCGCCCUCGUCCUCGCCGUCGACAACCCUCGCCGCCGCCUCCUCGUCGCCUUCGCCCGCCCCGCCACCCUCUCUGCCUACGACCUCCGAUCCCCCCGCCCCCACCGCCGAAUCUUCUCCUCCGCGCUCCCCGACCCCGCCUCCGUUCCCGGCGGCGUCGCCGUGGAUUCCACCACCGGGGACGCCUUCGUCACCUGCGCCACCGGGAACCUGAUCUGGAAGGUAGAUCUGGACGGGAAUCCGACCGUCUUCUCCAAAUCGCCGAUCUACUCCCCACCGGAAUCCCCCGGCGAUGAGGAUCGGCCGGAGGCUGCGACGGCGGAGGGGGGAUUGGGAGGGGUGGUGCACGGGAGCCGGGGUUUCCUGCUGGCGGUGCAGGGGAGCACGGGGAGGGUGUUCAAGGUGGACACGGAGGGGGGUGCAGCGCGCUCGGUGAUGGACGUCGGGGGGAAGAAGGGGCUGGCGGCGGAGGCGGAGGGGGUGGCGAUGAGGAGCGACGGGGGGGCAGUGGUGGCCGGGGGGAGGGCGACGCGGUGGCUGACGAGCCAGGAUGGGUGGUCGGCGGCGGCGGUGUACGACGAGGCGGCGAUGGAGGAAGGGCAGGCGAGAGCGGUGGUGGUGCGGGAGGGGAGGAGGGUAUACGUCCUGGUGACGCCGGAGGAAGAAGAAGAAGGGGGUAAUCUGGGAAAGGGCGAUGACGGGGGGUACAAGGGGAAGAGGAAUAGGAUAGAAGAGGUGGAGUGGGGGAGGGAUAGCGAAGGGGAGACGGUGUGGCCAUUUGUGAUGCUAGGAUUGGGCUUGGCUUAUUUCAUGUACUGGAGGUUUCAGAUGGGGCAACUGGUCAGCAACAUGAACAAGAAGAGGGCAUGAACAAGCUCGAGGGGAAGGAGGAGAGAGUGAACAACUGUAUAUUACUCUUAGUUAACAUAUCUUCGUUAUUGUUAUUAGAUAGGAAUGUUCCAUAUUUUUGCUUUUCAUGAUCUUAUGAUCUUUUUUAAGAAUGUCAUGGUAGUGAUUGAUGUAUUCUUUUGAAUUCUCAAGUUUUCUUUACCACUCCUCUUGUUGAGUUUAAAUGGAUGGAACUACGCUUUGAAUACAUGCUCAGGCUUUCUAUUA